UGACAAGAACAAUUUGUUUCAAUCAAUCAAGAAGGCGUUUCGAAUGAAAUCAUAGAUAUUUUCAAUUUAAAUAACGUGAAAAAACUAAGAAACUUGACAAAAUCUCUGCAUAACAUGUCACCAAUGUGCGAGUCCAUAGAGGCAUUGUCAACUGAAGGCCACUGGGAUAAUGUGUUUCAUUGCUUAAAGGUUGAUGUAAAUUCCUUCAUUGAAUUGGAACGUUUCAGCGUAUCGGAGAACCACAAUACCCAAUGGAUAAGCUAUUCGAAGGCAUUGGAGACAUUCUUACAAUUUAUGCUGGAUGUUCUUCUUGUUUGCAAUUAUAUUCUAUGCGGAUUGCUGUUGAUGUAUUUGCCAUUGAAGAUUGCUAAGGUCGUUUCUGAUUAUAAUGGAAUAAUCUACGAAAAGGCAAAACACUACAUCGGACAGAAGGCAUGGAAAAUAUAUAAAAAGUCUUUGAAAUCAUAUUUAUGUGGUGUUUUUAAGAGGAAAUCAAAUACAAAAUAAUCUUUAUAUUAGGAAUUGAAGAAAUUCAAAUCCACAAUA